UUAAUGCAAUCUUUGACCUCUUGGCACUUUGUCCGCCUUGGCAUUCAAUACUCGACCUGGCGGCUUAACAACCACCACGAACUCAACGGCAGCCCAUCCAUCAAUUCAAGACUCUCCUCUCUCCAUUGCAGAUGUUUCAACCCAAUGCCAAUUAUUAUAUCUACCAUUACCCAUGGAAAUCAAAGAAGUGAAUCCUCUGCUAGAUCUUUUAUGUUGAAUUCAACUUGAUCAGUAGAAGAGGUUGCAGAAUGGAUUCAUCCUAUCAAAAUCAUGGCUUCUUCUUCUUCCUUGGAGUACUCGUCUCCUCAUAUGCCACCGUGAAAGCUUCCAAGUGCGAACCGACAUGCGCCGACUCGUCUGUCUCCUUCCCCUUUGGCUUUUCCAGGGGAUGCCCAAUUCGGCUGACCUGCUCCGCGGCCGGAGAGAUGCAGCUCGGCGGAUAUCGCGUCAGAAACAUAACGUCCGAGAUGGUCGUACUGGACGUGCCCCCGGUCUGCAACCGCUCCGUCGGCGACGCUGCCAGGGGGCUCUUCGGGAGACACCACGCCGCCACUUCCAACAACGCUCUGUUUCUGCGGGGAUGCCAGACGGAGGGCAGCGCCGAUUGCAAAAUCUCCACCGAGAUCAUUUCGCGCCGGCUGAACCUGCCCAGCUGCGGCCCUCAGGGCGACAACAUCACCUGCUUCCCCAGCAACAAGAUCGACGAACUCCUGCCGACAAACGAGUUAACCAAGAACACGGGAAACUGCAAGUUCCUGUUGACAGCGGUCCGGUACAAGAAGGACGACGUGGGACAGGACUCGCUCGUGUUCGGCGAGGUCGAGGUCGGAUGGUGGCUCGACGGCGAGUGCAGCUGUGCGAACAACGCCGGAUGCACGCGCGUGCGUCCGCCACAGCCCGCGACCAGAGGUAGGGAGUCCAAAGGCUUUCGGUGCAGUUGCCGCGAGGGAUUCAUCGGUGACGGAUUCGCCCAAGGCCAUGGUUGCAGAAGAGUAGAAAAGUGCAGUCUUCCAGGCUCUUGCAAGGGCAGUUCCAACGUCCGCGUUCUGGUGGGAGGGAUUGCGGCGGGAGUGUCGCUGUUACUUGGCCUAGCAUUCCUCUGCCGCCGCAUCCGGCAGCGCCUUACGAUCUGCAAAGGGGAGGAAACCACGCAGCGCCUCCUCUCCCAAACAUCCUGCGACGUGGCCGUCUACUCGCUGAAGGACGUCCUAGCCGCCACCGGCAACUUCUCAGACGCCUCCAAAAUCGGCGUCGGCGCCUACGCCACUGUCUACGUCGGCAAAUUCUCCCAAACCGGCCUCGUUGCCAUCAAAAGGCUCAAGCACCCCGAUGUAGAUAACUCCGAGAACGUUAUCAACGAGGUCAAGCUCAUCUCCUCCGUCGCCCACCCCAACCUCGUGCACCUUCUCGGAUGCUGCAUCGAAGGCGGCGAGCACAUCCUCGUCUACGAAUUCGUGCCCAACGGCACCCUGUCGCAGCACCUCCACCGCCAACGCGGCGAGGGCCUCCCGUGGCCGGCCCGCGUCUCCAUCGCGGCGGAAACGGCCAGCGCCGUCGCGCACCUCCACGGGGCCGUGCGGCCGCCGAUCUACCACCGGGACAUCAAGUCGAGCAACAUUUUGCUGGACUACGACCUGCGGCCGAAGCUGUCGGACUUCGGGCUGUCGAGGGCGGGCAUACCGUUGGAGGAUGAAUCGCUGCCGUCGCACAUCUCGACGGCGCCGCAGGGGACGCCGGGGUACGUCGAUCCGCAGUACCACCAGAACUUCCACCUCUCCGACAAGAGCGACGUGUACAGCUUCGGCGUCGUGCUGGCGGAGAUGCUGACGGCCAUGAAGGUCGUGGACUUUCGUCGAGUGCCUGAGAGGGAGGUGAACCUGGCGUUGCUGGCGGUCAAUGCCAUAGGGAAAGGGCAGGUGGAGGACAUCGUCGACCCGUUCAUCAAAGGGAACUGGGACGAUGCAACGAAGGUCUCGAUGGGGAAGGUUGCGGAACUGGCAUUCCGAUGCCUGGAGUUCCAUCAGGAGGUGAGGCCGUCAAUGGCGGAGGUGGCGGAGGAGUUGGAAAGGAUUAGGAAGGGGCUGAAGAGGUCUCAAGCGGGCGGCUCGGAGAGAAUGGAGGUGGAGAAGGCCGAGUUAUCGGCCAUUUUGGCAUCUCCGGUUUCAGUGCACGAGUACCAAUUGGGCAGUAGCGAGCAGAGCUGCUCUUCAAAUGGCUCCAUGACCAUGAGCAAUCCAAAAGACUAAGAUUUCUUCUAAUAAGAUUUUUUUUUUCUUUUUAGUUUUGUUACAAUAUUUAUGUUUAGUGAUCUAUGCAAAUCAUUGGAGAAUAUGUUUCAUCUUGUUUAUUUUUCAACUUUCAGUAUUCUUCAGUAAGUUGAGCAAAAUUCUAUUUAGCCUUUUAAAUCUCAAGC